AUGCCUCUCGGGCUUGAGAUGAUCGACUGGGAACUGCCCCUGGCUCUCGUUUCAAAGGCGCCGACGUCUCCAGUAGCCCACAUCGACAAACCCGCCCCGAUACCUCCGAAGCGAGAUCCUGAAAUUCCCUCAUGCAGGAAACGAAAGAGGUCGGUUCCGGAGAGCCAAGACGAGCAAUACCACCGGGCUGACGACCUACGACGUCCCGGCGAGAGGGUGGACAGUAAACCUGCUCAGAUCGGACGCCCCGGCGGGGUUGUUGUCAACUUGGACCCUCACAUCGCGGAGCGCGUAAAACCUCACCAGCUCGAGGGAAUUCAAUUCAUGUGGCGCGCCAUCGUGGAGGAUCCGAGUGGCCAAGGAUGCAUCCUCGCUCAUACCAUGGGCCUAGGCAAGACGAUGCAGGCCAUCGCGCUGCUGGUCACCAUCGCCCAAUGCCGACGGAGCGGUGACCCUCGGACGAGGGGGUGCCUUCCUGAGCCGCUUCAGACUGACCGGACACUCAUCCUCUGCCCCGCCGCCCUUCUGGAGAAUUGGGCCGACGAACUCCAAAUGUGGUCACCGUCUACGUCUCCCCUCGGCGGGAUACACAAGCUCACUAAGACCGACGAGGGUGUCAUUGAAACCUGGGUGGAGUGCGGGGGAAUCCUGCUUCUCAGCUACGACAGGUUCAAGCGGAUCAUCGGCGAGGACGAACCCGGUCUGAAGACGCAACCGACCGCUUCCGCCAAGGUCGCGAUGCACUUGCUGGAGGGUCCCGGUCUCGUCGUCGCCGACGAAGCUCACGCGGUGAAGGAUCCGAACACCCACCUCGCCCGGGCCAUGAAGAAAUUCAAAACGUCACGCCGCAUCGCUCUCACCGGCUCACCCCUGAACAACCACCUCGAAGAGUACCACACGAUGGUCGAUUGGGUCGCCCCAGGAUACCUGGGCAACACCAAACAAUUCCGGGCCAAGUAUGCGACGCCAAUCCAGAACGGACUUUACGUGGACAGCGGACAGAAGGCCAAAAUGCAGUCACUGAAGAAACUGCGUGUGUUGGAACGGUAUCUCGACCCCAAGAUCCAUGGCGCGGAUAUUUCGGUCGUGGCCAACGAGAUGCCCUCCAAGACCGAGUUCUUCCUCACCAUCCCCCUCACGGAGUUACAGAAGGAGGCAUACAACAUCUGUGUCGAUUUCGCGCUCGGGGGGGCCGCCCACGAACGAUCCGGCCGCACCAACCUGUGGGAGUGGGUCAACGUCCUCCAGUUGCUGUGCAAUCACCCAUCGUGCUGCGUGGACAAGCUCAGGGCCCGUGGGCGUGAGCGGCGAGGGGACCCGGUUUCGGCGACGGCGGGGCUGGACGAGAUGCGACGAAAGGUCGUUGAGGUCUUCCAGGCGGUGGAUGCGGCAGGCGAGCUACAGAGCGCCGAGCUGUCCUACCGGACGGCUCUGGUCCGCGACAUCGUGCAAGCCGCGAGGAACGAGGGCGACAAGACACUGAUCUUCUCCCACAACCUGCCGUCGCUCGACUAUCUGGGGCACAUGCUGUCGGAGAUAGGGUGUGAAUACUUCCGCUUAGAUGGCCAGACGGAGGUGCCCAGCCGACAAAGCAUGGUCAAGACGUUCAAUCGGAGGGACGACGAUCAUGACGUUUUCCUCAUCUCUACGAGAGCGGGCGCGCUGGGUUUGAACAUCCAAGGCGCCAACCGGAUCAUCAUCUUUGAUUUCAGCUUCAACCCAUCAUGGGAGGACCAGGCGAUUGGGAGGGCGUACCGCCUGGGUCAGACGAAACCGGUCUUUGUUUACCGUUUCCGAGCCGGGGGGACUUUCGAGGACGUUAUGUUCAACCAGGCCAUCUUCAAGACCCAGAUGUCCCAACGCGUCGUGCACCAGAAGUAUCCCGUCCCUCAUGCCUCGAGGGACGUUUCCCGAUGGCUGUUUCCGGUCCGAGAGGUCGACAAGCGCCCCUUUAGGGGUCACCCAGGGAAGGGGGAAAAAGAUUCCGCGGUACUCGAAGGCAUCCUCGGUCGUGUCGACUACGUCCAGAAUGUCGAACUCACGGAAAUAUACCAAAGACCCGACGACGAAAGACUGAACGAAGAGGAGAUCCGAGACGCCGAGGCGGAAGUGGUCGCGUUUACGGUGAAGCCGUGA